ACAUCUGAAGUUUUUUCUCUUUUUUGAUCACGCUAUAGAAUUCUCCAGCUAGCCAUGACAAUUAAGCAAAAACUUCAUAAAGAAACCACAUUUGAAUUUGGGAAAAAAAAGAAAGAAAGAAUGGACCAAGUUCUUCUUUUGAGUGCAGCGAUACUGAGAUGUGAUGAUUUGUAUGAAGAACAUUGAAAAACGAUCACUGCAUUUACUAGGUUGAGCACGGUGAAUGAAAUUCUCAAUCAUUUCGUUCGUGAAUUUUCGAAUCUUCUACCCUCAGCACCACUAGAGCUUGCUUUAUUUUGAAGAAAUAUAAUUGAGCUUGCUUUAUUUUGAAGAAAUAUAAUUGCAACCAAGUCAAAGGAUAAAGCUAGCUGUAUCCUCAAGGCUUUUGGAUAGGGGUACCUCAUCAAGAAAUGUCAACACUUGGCACCUCCCCCCAAAUCCUUUUUUAAACCUCUGACCAAAUUGAGUUUACGGAUAACAAUAUUAUCUCCUCCCAUCAUUGCUUGUUAAAUAACACUGGUGUCUUUUAUUUGAUGAGCUAAAUUCUAAUUAUCCGGUUUGGGCAGUGUAUGUAGGUGUGGGAACGAUCUAGGUCAUUAUUUCGUCUAUGAAUUAUGAAUGAUGCAAAUUUCAGGCGAUUUUCAUUCUGUUGACUUUUAACUGCUCUAAGUUGCUUAAUAUGGUUAUAUGAGCAGAAGAGUGUGUUCCAUAUCAUACCCGCAUUCUCUACAAUUCUUCUUACAUAGUGAUAAGGUGAGCAUAAGUGCCUUGCCACAAUGAGCGGCCGUGUGACUGAUGAGGUAGGAAUUGAUGUUACGAGAUCACCCUCAUCGCAUCACCAUGUGGAGAAUUUGCCUUAUGUUCACAAGGUGGGAGUGCCUCCAAAGCAGAAACUUUUGAAAGAGGUCACAUCUACUUUGAAGGAAACUUUCUUCCAUGACGAACCCUUGCGCCCUUUUAAGGACCAACCAAAAUCUCGAAAGUUGGUCCUUGGCCUCCAAGCCCUUUUUCCCAUUCUUGAAUGGGGGAGGGAUUACAAUCUGUCUAAAUUCAAAGGUUAUCUCGUCGCCGGUCUCACCAUUGCAAGCCUUGCUAUUCCUCAGGAUAUUGGUUAUGCAAAGCUUGCAAAUCUUGACCCCCAAUACGCUUUAUAUAGUAGUUUUGUUCCACCUCUGGUUUAUGCCUUUAUGGGUAGCUCAAGAGAUGUUGCCAUUGGACCAGUGGCAGUGGUAUCUCUUCUGCUAGGAACCCUACUGCAGAAUGAGAUUGACCCCUCUAAUAAGGUUGAAUACCGGCGACUUGCAUUCACGGCUACAUUCUUCGCCGGAAUCACUCAAGUGACGUUAGGGGUUCUCAGAUUGGGCUUCUUGAUUGAUUUUCUGUCACAUGCCGCCAUUGUUGGGUUUAUGGCUGGAGCUGCCAUUACUAUUGGUCUUCAACAGCUUAAAGGUUUCUUAGGCAUAAAAACCUUCACAAGGAAGACUGAUAUAGUUUCUGUAAUGCGCUCAGUAUGGACUACAGUACAUCAUGGGUGGAACUGGCAAACAAUACUCAUAGGAGUUUCAUUCUUGGCCUUUCUUCUGAUUACCAAAUACAUUGGAAAGAAGAACAGAAAAUGGUUUUGGGUACCAGCAAUUGCUCCACUGAUUUCUGUUAUUAUCGCAACCUUUUUCGUGUUCAUCACCCAUGCUGACAAGCAUGGUGUUCAAAUUGUAAACCAUAUUAAAAAGGGCGUGAAUCCAGCUUCUGCAAAUCAAAUUUAUUUCACGGGCGGAUAUCUUCUAAAAGGUUUCAGGAUCGGGGUUGUGGCAGGAAUGAUAGCACUUACAGAAUCCAUAGCAAUUGGAAGAACAUUUGCAGCGAAAAAGGAUUAUCAUCUUGAUGGAAACAAAGAAAUGGUAGCAUUAGGAACAAUGAAUAUCAUUGGCUCAAUGACAUCUUGUUAUGUGGCCACAGGAUCAUUCUCUCGCUCGGCAGUUAAUUUCAUGGCCGGAUGUAAUACAGCCGUCUCCAACAUUGUGAUGUCGUGUGUGCUAUUGUUAACUCUGUUAGUGAUAACCCCCCUAUUUAAGUACACCCCAAAUGCCGUUAUUUCUGCUAUCAUCAUAUCAGCCGUGAUAGGACUAAUUGACAUUCAAGCUGUGAUCCUCAUAUGGAAGAUCGACAAAUUAGACUUUAUUGCUUGUAUGGGAGCCUUCUUCGGUGUGGUUUUUGUUUCGGUUGAGAUAGGCCUCUUGAUUGCUGUUGGGAUUUCUUUUGCUAAAAUCCUGCUGCAAGUGACGAGGCCGCGGAUUGCUCUACUGGGGAAGCUCCCGAGGACUAGUGUUUACAGGAAUAUAAAUCAAUACCCAGAUGCAACAAAAGUUCCUGGAAUUCUAAUCUUGAGAGUUGAUUCUGCAAUCUACUUCUCAAACUCCAACUAUGUCAAGGAGAGGAUUUUGAGAUGGCUAACAGAUGAGGAGGAACAAGUGAAAGCAAAUAAGCAAACCAGAAUUCAGUAUCUAGUAGUUGAAAUGUCACCUGUUACUGAUAUAGACACCAGCGGCAUUCAUGCCUUGGAAGAACUAUACCGAACCCUCCAAAAGAGAGAAAUUCAGCUUGUUUUGGCGAAUCCUGGGCGAGCUGUGAUGGAUAAACUCUAUGCAUCUGGCUUUGCAAACUUGAUAGGAGAAGACAAGAUCUUCCUCACGGUAGCAGAUGUGGUGCUUAUGUACGCUCCAAAGACGGAAGAACCUUGAAGAGAUCACAACCUUGUCGACUCAAUAACUUGUUUCUCGCUCUGUGAUGUGCUUUGAUGUCACGGUGAUGUUGCUAGUGUUGUAGUUUUUGCUUAUCGAGUAUCUCAGAGAAUUUGUGAAUAGCAGUGGUGAUUUUUGUUAAAUGGAUAUGGUGGGGGGCUGGCAAAAUAGUGGGGUUGGUGCGUAAAGGUGUUGUAAAAUCAUUUUGUUGGGGGAAAGCAGGGCCAUGGUGAUGCUGUUUUCCAGCUCUGCCACUACUUUUCAUUGUGUAUCAGUGUGGUGUUCUUUGGUUUGUUUUCCUUACAUUGUAAAGUUCUAAAAGUUGUAUGGGGCUUUUAUUCUUUGGGUUUUAUAAGAGUGAGAAAAGGUUAUUCUGCUCUGAAAUUUAAAUUUCUCUGCAGCCUUUCAAUAAUGGAGUAUAGAACUAGCACGGCUACUAAAACUUAUUGAGCAACUAUUUCAAAAUAUAAAAUCUCGUAAAGGGUAAUUGAAAGAAUUCACAAUACUGAAGUUAGUGAACGAAUCCAGACCGGACAUGGACAAAGUAAAGCAAUGCAUCAAAUUGUGGUUUCUUUUAAAAGCUGACAAUACAUUAUUGUUGGAACAGGAGACAACAUGUAAAAACUGAGAAUAUAUAUAAUAUAGCAUCCAAAAGGACCUCACAGAAUCAAUAUCAUUUAAUGCAAUGACAAGUCUAGAAACAAAACAUCACAAAAAGACUCUCCACUACUAUCCUCUCCUCGUCACCUCAAAAAAACUGCCAAAAGUUGCUCAAGCAAAAGAGAGCACUGAAACCAAUAGUGCCACAAGAAGAGAUCCAACAGAAAUUGCAAGACCAGUAGAAUCAGAUGUCCCUGAAGUAGGUGUGGGAGCACCCCCGUUCGUUCCUGCAGCUGGGGUAGUAGGCACGCCUGGAAUUGAGCUUGGGGAUGGUGCCAUAACUGC